AUGUCCCCUCCAUUUUACGGAGAUUUGGGGAAGAAUGCAAGAGAUGUUUUUGGAAAAGGAUACCACUUUGGACUUUUAAAAUUAGAUGUUAAAACCAAGACCCAGACUGGGGUUGAAUUCAACUCUGGCGGAGUUUCAAACCAAGAAACUGGGAAAGUGUUCGGAAAUUUAGAAACUAAGUACAAAUUUAAGGAAUAUGGAAUCACUUUUACUGAAAAAUGGAAUACUGAUAAUGUUUUGGCAACUGAAAUUGCCCUCACUGAUUUUUGUGAAGGAGCAAAGCUUUCUUGUGAUACCUCAUUUGUCCCUCAUUCGGGAGACAAAACGUUGAGGUUAAAAGCCGAAUUCAAGAAUGAUACGUGUGCUUUGAACUUAGAUUCAGACUUUAAAAAAGGAGGUCCUCUUCUCAAAGCUGGAGCAGUGCUGGGUUAUGCUGGUUGGUUGUGUGGAGCCUCAACCACGUUCGACACUUCUAAGAGUAAACUUACUCAGAACAAUUUUUCUAUGGGUUUGUCUACUAAAGAGUUCAUCCUUAAUACAAGCAUUAAUGAUGGACGUGUUUUUACUGGUUCCAUUUACCAUAAAGUAAGCCCAAAAUUAGAAACAGCUGUCCAGUUAUCAUGGGCAUCCGAUAACAAUGAUACUGAUUUUGGUAUUGGGUGCAAGUAUAACCUGGAUAACGAAUCCUCACUAAGGCUCAAAGUGAAUAACCAGAGUCAAAUUGGAAUAGGUUAUGCACAGAAGCUUAGAGAAGGUGUAACUCUCUCACUUUCUGCUCAGCUUGAUGGAAAGAACUUCAACGAGGGAGGUCAUAAGAUCGGUUUAUGCCUUGAGCUGGAGGCCUAA